AUGGAGCAAUUAUUAGGAUCUGUGUUGAUUGGAAAAAGCGGGAGCGUUGGUAUGACACCACUAAAUGAGGCAAAGUAUGUUCUUUUGUAUUUCUCUGCGAGUUAUUGUCCACCGUGCAGAGAAUUUACACCUAAGCUUGCUAUGUUUUAUGAUUCAGUCAACUUUGAUGAAAAGAAGGUUGAAGUUGUUUUCGUCAGCCAAGAUCGUACGAUUGAGAAGUUCAACGAAUAUUAUGACGAAAUGCCAUGGCUCACAAUUCCUUAUGAAGCAGUUGAAAUUAGAACCACUUUGAUCGAAAGAUAUAGAGGGCAAACUAUUCCCUCCCUGGUUCUCAUAGAUCUGCAAGGAAAUGUCAAAAAGAAUGCCUGUAGGAUGGAUGUUGCAAAUAAAGGACCUUUGUGUUUAUCUGAUUGGGAUGCAGCUUUGAAUACUAAUUAA